GUCGAAAAGUUGUACCCUCGGGACUAGCUUUAUGGUUUAGCCCGGUUGCCAUGGAGACCAAUAGUAACACUGGUGCUCCCGCAGAAGCCGGGAGGCUAUGGCCACGUUAGCUCGGCUCCAAGCUCGGUCGACGUUCCUGGCACACCAGUACUACUUCAGGAACAGUGCUGUAGAUGUAUUUAGAAGAAAGGAGUAUGAUGCAGCAAUUAAAAUCCAGAGCUGGUUUCGAGGAUGUCGAAUUCGGGCAUAUCUCAGCUAUUUACACAGAGUAGCAACUGUUAUUCAAAAAUGUUGGAGAGGUUACCUAGGCAGACAACAUUAUCAACUAAUUGUGAAGUUAGAAUUUUGUACUAUGAAGAUGAAUCUCUACAACGCAAUGGCUGUCAGGAUUCAGAAGCGAUGGCGAGGCUAUCGAAUUCGGAAAUACUGCUUUAAUUAUUUUUAUUUGAAGGAGUACCUGAAGGCUGUUUCAGAGACCAAUGAUGCAAUUAGGUGA